AUGCCUCGUCCUCUCUCUCUCUCUCUCUCUCUCUCUCUCUCUCUCUCUCUCUCUCUCUCAGAGGACGUCUGGUACGGAUUCGGUUCACAGGCAGGCCAAAGGGGGAACAAAACCCCUAUUCGACUUGGGUUUCCAGAGAAUCGAUGCACACCCUCGAUUCUUGCGACUGAACGUGUGAAUGUCCGCGACGUCCUAGGUUUUCUGCCAGGCGGAAAUGAAGUAAGCAGCUGCAGAUGCACGUGCCGUGCAGUGCAGCGCAGGAAGGCAGUGCAGCGCAAGCGUGAGCGCCCCAGUCCCGCCGAAGACCGUGAUGCUUUUGGCACAAAACGAAUCCGGGGGGGUGCGAUUCUGCGCAACAACCGAUUUCCUGGCGUUUUUAGCCUGACCGAAGAGCACGGGCUAGCUAGUGGUGAUGGCUAA